AAAAAUUUUAAUUUGCACUCAUGUGACCCUACGAUUACACGGCCUGUCAUAAUCGAACGAGAGAAUGCGUAGAAAGGGUGGUGGCUAAUCAAAAUGAAAGAAGGAAGUAAAACUUAGCUUAGCUGUGAUUAAAAGCCUAAUUUUUGCCGUUUAGCUGUAGCAAAUAUGUCUAUUUAUUACGCUGUUAUUGCUCGAGGUACCACUGUCCUCGUGGACUACUCGGACGCCUCGGGAAAUUUUGAACAGAUCACAACUUCAAUUUUGCCGAGAAUUCCUCUCGAGAAUACAAAAUGCACAUAUGUAUCCCAAGGGUACCAGUUUCAUGUUGUCGUGGAAGAUGGAAUCACCUACCUCUGCCUUGCAGAUGGUUCUAUGAAGAAAAGAGUACCAUAUGCCUUCCUUCAUGAAAUCAAGAGACGUUUCACAUCAGGAGCAUUGAAAACAAGAGCAAUGGUUUGCAAUGCAUAUGAACUGAGAAGGGAUUUUGGGGAAGUUCUCAAAUCACAACUUCUAAGAUACAAUAAAGGUGAUUUUGAAGAUCCAAAUCUUGCAAAGAUUCAGCAGGCCCAAAAAGAGGUUGAUGAUGUUAAAGGAAUAAUGACUACAAAUAUUGGUAAAGUAUUGGAAAGGGGAGAGAAGCUUGAAAUUUUGAUUGAAAAAACAGAAGAUUUGGAGGCUUCAGCACAAACUUUCAAGAAAGGAACAAAGCAGCUGAGAAGAAAAUUUUGGUGGCAGAAUACAAGAAACUGCAUAAUUCUAAUCGUCGUUGUCAUAAUUUUGCUAGGUGUCAUUGCACUUAUUGUCUUAGGAUCGCUUGGAGUUCUGUAAUUCGUUUAGAAUGUCACCCAAAAGAGUUGAAACGUGGCGUGUAUAUGCAGCUAAUACGUUUUUGUACCGACAAGAUAGUCAAUCAUUAUGUAACCUUUUGUUUAUCACUGCUAGUAUUUUUUUCAUACAUUUUGGUUCGAAGAUUUGCUUCCCUGAGUUAACUGGGUCUUGCAAGAGCACAUUUCAGACUUUUAUUCCAUGAUAAGAUUAGUGUUAAUGUUCUUUUAAACACUGAUUACGCUCCCUUGAAUUUAUUUGCAGUUUUCUCCUAAACGUUAUUAUGUAGAUUUAUCCCUCCCUCUAACCCCAAGGAAAGUCUAAUAUUUGCAAGCAAAUUGGACCUUUUUGUAUUUUUCUACACAUAUGUCUUAAUGGCAUGUUGCUGAACAUUUUUUUUUAGUAUUUUUUCACUAUUUUUUGCCUCGUUUAAUAUUCAUCGCGAGCUGCACGUGUUCAAGGUGCUGUUAGUGUUUUCACCCGCUGCAUUUCAGCCGCUGUUUCCGAAGAUAUUUGAAUAAGCUGUCAUAUAAAGAGUUUGAAGGCUAAUAAAAACCUACACUUGAUUAGCAUAUUUUUGAAAGUCAGUACUUUUAUAAACGAGUUUACAUUUAGUUACUUUGUUGCGGAUUUGUAGAGAUGUAUGCAAGUGAACGCAGAAAUCGAAAUUUUCACAUGCAAGUAUCUGUUAAAUCCCCUCGUUUAUAUAAGCUGUGGUGUUUGCUGGCCUUAAAUUUCACUGCGUUAUUACUUGUUUUUUUCAAUCCUUGUCUGUGUAUGCUCGUUUGACAAGUUGUACGAUAUCUUUCUUAUUGGCAUAAAAUAUAUAUUUGAAGUAUUAUAUCUUCGCAGGCAAAUUUGUUGUGCUUAACAGCUGAAUAUUUCUUGCAAUUAUUAAAUUCAAUAAAAUGUUAGAAA